GCUUACCAGUCAGUUACUCGAAAUGUUUCGUUGCCUAUAUUUAAUCGGAUUUCUAUCCAUGAUUUGGGUGGCUGCACAGGAUAUCGUACCCGACGAUCCGGAAGUGCAGAUGCAAAUGCAUGCCAUGUUUUACACGGCUCGUGUUGCCUGUGCGGAUGAGAAUAUGAUCCCGUAUGUUAGUGCUUGUGCUGUCUUUGCUCUUCUGAGCCUGGGCCCGAAUUGUGCCAAGGCUCUUCAGGAUCACGCCAAGGACAAUGGCGAUAUUUUCAUUAUAAACUAUGAUAGUUUCGAUGGCGAUGUGGAUGACAUUUCCACCACCACUGCAGCUCCUAGAGAUGCUGACUACGUAGAUUUUGAAGAGGUUAAUCGGAACUGCAAUGCUAGUUUUAUAACGUCGACGACCAAUGUCUUGCAGUUUAAUAACACCGGCGACUUACCAGAUGACAAGGAUAGGGCAACCAGCAUGUGCUAUUUCAACUGCUUCUUCGAAAAGUCCGGUUUGAUGACGGACUAUAAGUUAAAUACGGAUUUGGUUCGCAAAUAUGUUUGGCCAGCCACUGGCGAUUCCGUUGAAGCCUGCGAAGCUGAAGGCAAGGACGAGACGAAUGCUUGCAUGCGGGGCUAUGCCAUCGUCAAGUGCGUGUUCACCAGAGCUCUCACGGAUGCCAGGAACAAACCCACCGUAUGACUAUCAGCAAAGGCCACAGCUCAGACUUAUCAGUAUAAAAUAUUAUAUUGGCGUUACUAAAUCAAAUACGGCUACGACCGGA